GUGACAGGAGGAAGUAAGCUAAGUCGACGUCAGCAAUGGCCGAUGCAGAGGUCAGGUGGUUAAAUAGUACCCUUUUUAAAACAGUCUAACAAGUCUGGGACCAUGUCCUUUUCUAAAAUGUUAAUUAGAUUAAAGUGGGCGCAUCUGGUCCAUCGUUCAUUAGAACGAUUGCUUGCUCAAAGCAGUCCCAGGCUUUCUCAACCAAAACACAUGUGUCAUUCCCAGCAAGUGAAACAGACGAGACGAUUAUACAGCACUGGAACGCCUUAUACAAGUAAACUGAUGCGGAACGGAGAUGAGAGAAAGUCAGUUGUGUGCAUAGAAGGGAACAUUGCUAGUGGAAAGACCACCUGCUUGGAAUACUUUAGCAAAACCUGCGAUAUUGAGGUGUUGACAGAACCAAUUUCUAAAUGGAGGAACAUCAGAGGACACAAUCCACUUGGAUUAAUGUACCAGGACCCUCCACGCUGGGGACUGACCCUGCAGACCUACGUGCAGCUGACCAUGCUCGACCAGCACAUCUCGCCCAUAAUGGCUCCGAUUCGAAUGAUGGAGCGGUCAAUCUACAGUGCCAAGUACAUAUUUGUAGAAAAUCUCUUCAAAAGUGGGAAAAUGCCUGAGGUAGACUUUGCUGUUUUGACUGAGUGGUUUGAGUGGAUUGUGAAAAACAUUGACAUUCCUUUGGAUCUCAUUGUGUAUCUCCAGACGUCUCCCCAGAAGUGCUAUGAGAGACUGAAGAUGAGGUGCAGAGAAGAGGAGAAAGUUAUUCCUUUGGAAUAUUUGGAAGCCGUCCAUCAGCGGUACGAAGACUGGCUAAUCAAACAGACGCUGUAUAAAGCCCCGGCUCCUGUCCUCGUUAUUCCAGCAGAUCAUGACCUCCAGACAAUGCUGAAACAGUAUGAGGAGAACAGAUAUCGGAUACUGACAUCCGGCAACGGACAGUUCAAAGGACAUAACCUGCAAUAGGCUGGGUCCCACAGCACUGCGUAGCUUCAGCAGAAAUAUACAUAGUGGUGGACAAGGGUUUUAUGGAGAGCUAAUGUCCUUUUUAUAUGCUAUUUUUUUUCCCACUGUCCAAAAUCAUGCUCUGGAAACCAUUCUAACGAGAAUCUUCCCACCUCCACAGGUUCUUUCAGGACAAAAUGAGAAUUGUAUGUGUAAGCAUUGUCAAGCUAGGCAGAACCAGCUCACAGGACCUAAAGCACAAAGGCCUUACUCAGAUGGCAACUUAGCUAGCUGAGCAAAACAUGGGUAUGUUAUGGGCAAAUUAUAAAAUCAUGAUUGUAAACUGCUUAUGUAUCAAUUGCGUAAAUGUGCCAUGGAUGGGGACUGCCUGACAAUUGACGUUUAGUUGAGUAUGUUUUACUGAGGAGAACAGAGCUCAAGAAAGCAUCUAAGUGUGUUAAGACGGGGCAAUGGAAGCAUUCUGCAGUUGUGUUCCCAGUCAGACAGCGCCAGUGCACUGAUAGAACCUGUUUACAGGGGCACCGGUUCAGCUACUCUGCCCUUAUUCACAGCUGUUGGAGCAGGAAUGCAGUAGUAACAUGUGUUGGGUGCAAUUUUUGGCAUCGAGACGUGCCGUUUCUUUUAAAAAGACCACUGUGUUGUGUUUAGGAAAAUAGCUUGAUAGGAAUAUGACAUUUCUUGGUCUCAGGGAGAUCUGUCUGUCUUAGUUAAUUUAAAACGUUUAGGCAUCUGGCUAGCAUUUUAUCUUAAUGUUAUCUUAGUGGGGAAUCUCAAGAAGUCUUUUAUUUUGAGUUUUACUGUUAAAGUAAUUGUAGCUAACAUACUAGGUCCAUACGUUUUCAUUAUGUAGGUCUCGUGCAGUUUUGAAAGAAACACAUGGUUUAGUAAAAAAAUGAUGUCUGGUACUGCACUGCCUAACCAACCAGCUGCUUCUUCUGCUGACUGACAUGAUUUCAGCCAGUAAUGUGCUUUGACCCAGAAGAUGCGUCUGAGGUGACAUGACUCGGGAAGCGGAAAUGCAGACAGGUAACCCCAAGAAUAAGCCUUAGAAACGGAGAGCUUCCUUCAACCUAAAGUAGUACCAGAUAUUGUUUUCAUAUUAAAGUAUGUGUUUCUUUCAAAACUGCACAUUUGAGACCUGUUUAGUCAAUGGAUGUGCAAAACAAGUAAGAUUUGUGAAAACUUUUUUUGAUGUGGUACUUUCUUGACUAACUAAUGUUUACUGUACUGUUGUACACAGAUAGUGCACCUUUUGGUGUUGGUUUAGACUUAUUUAUUGUGAUUUAUGAAGAAUAACUUCAUAAAUCUAUGGCAAUAGAUGUAAACUAUGUAUCUUCCGUGUUUUGUGGACCAGAUUGAUACUGUAGAGUGAAUACAUUCUAAACAGCGUUAUGAUGGGUCAAAGAAUGCACAAAAUGUUAUAUUUUGUCUAAACUAUGAAUCACGGGUAGUGAUAGUCUAUCCUAAAACAUUCAGUCAAGUAACACUUGCAUUAAAAAAUAAGGUAGAAAAUACCAAGAUAAGAACAGAUAUUUCAGUGAUGUAUUUAUUAUUUUUAAACUGGUUUUAAAAAUUCUGACUGUCAAGUGUAUGCUUUAAUAUGUUUCAUUUAAAUCAGAUUUCAUUACUGCUUUUUUCUUCGAAUUUAUACUACUGUACAUACUAUAUAAUAAUGUUGGUUAGUCUCCAAGGGUUAAAUACAUCACAUGUUUGAUAUUUAGAUGUGCUUAUCCAUGUGUAAAUAAUCAUGGCUAAGAAGCUGAUGUUACUGAGAGAUAUUGUCUGGGUGUGGCGAUAUGUUGGUACCAGUCUGUCUGUAUUAACGUGUGGAUGGUAACCUCACGUGGGUGCUGUUGAGACAACCGCUGUCAUUUUCACAAAAACAAGAAAAUUCCGAACAGGCCCAAAAUGUGGGCAUCUAUUGCAAGCAUGUCUCCAGCUCAACUGUUCUUGUAUGCAUUUUGCAAACGUUAUUGCUUUUGUCUUUAGUGUGUUUACAGCUUUAUAUACCUGAAUAUGUUAAGUUAUUAUGUUAACUUACUCCAGUUUUUGUUUUUAAAGUUGGUAAAAAGUUAAUAAAGUAAU